AUGGUCUUUGCUGUUAAUGAGAUAAAUGAUGAUCCAGAAAUCCUGCCGAACAUUACACUGGGUUUUCGUAUAUAUGACUCCUGCUUUAAUGAAAUGCUUGCAGUUGAUGGAGCUCUACAGCUUCUCUCUGGGACUGAAAAAGCAAUUCCUAAUUACAUAUGUGAGAAAAUAUCCAAGAUGGUGGGAUUAAUAGGCGAUCUUCAGUCUUCCAAUUCUGUUGCUGUUGCAAGAAUGUUGGGUCUGUAUCGAUUUCCUCAGAUAAGCUUUGGGUCAGCGCUGUCCUAUCUAAGUGAUAAAAUCAGCUUUCCUUCUUUCCUGCGCACAACAAUAAAUGAUAAGAUACAACCUUACUAUUUCAGUAUCCUGAUGAUCCAUUACAACUGGACCUGGAUAGGAAUUUUGGCUGCAGACAAUGAUUUUGGUCUCUAUGACAGUGAGCUCAUGAGAAAAGAUAUUGAAGCCGCUGGGAUUUGUGUGGCUUUUUUUAUGCGGAUAUCUGCCCAACACACCAGAGAUCAGUCACUCUCUAUUCUCCAAGUUGUGAGAAAAUCAAGUGCCGUGAUAGUUUUAUUAUAUUGCUCAAUGCUGGAAAUAAUCCCAUUCAUGAAAGUAGCCACUGAAGAAAAUAUAACUGGAAAGGUCUGGGUUUCUAGUGGCAGUUUUAUGGCAUCUCCUAUAUUUUCAUACAAAGAGUUUUGGAAGACAUUAAAUGGUACCAUUGGGUUAAAAUUCCCUUUAACCGUAAUCCCUGGAUUUGGAACAUUUCUUUUUAGUAUUCAUCCUUCUUUAUACCCAAAAGAUAUCUUCAUGAAAUUAUUUUGGGGAGACAGUUUUGGUUGUGUGUGGCAAAAUGAAAAUGAUAAGCCUGAAUCACCAGUCAAUGGGACAUUCUAUUGUACAGGGCAGGAAAAUCUUAGAACUUUAGAAAACCGAGGUUAUAAUGCAGCAGCAUCAGGGUAUGCUAUUCGUGUUUACAAUGCUGUUUAUACACUCGCCCAUGGUAUAGAUAAUAUGAUUUCAUGCAGGUCUGGAUCACCAUGCUUGAACACAAGUGGUCUGCACCCAUGGAAGAUUUUGCAGUAUGUGAAGCGUGUGAGGGUAAAAAACACUGCUGGCCAGGAGUUGUUCUUUGAUGAGAAUGGGGACCUGAUAUCUUACCUUGAGUAUGUGAACUGGCAAGCUCUUCCCAAUGAUGAAACACAAUUUGUCAAUUUUGCAGUAUUAACAAAAAUUCCUGAGAGUCAUAUUGUUCUAAAUAACAACACUAUUUUCUGGAGUGGAGGUUACACAAAGGCACCAACAUCCAAAUGCAGCGCCAGUUGCCCCCCAGGAUACAGAAAGGCCCCACAGAAGGGACAGCCUGUCUGCUGCUUUGACUGUAUCUUAUGCUCAGAAGAUGAGUUUAGCAAUGAAACGGAUUUAACAAGUUGUAUGAAGUGCCCUGAAGACAUGUGGGCAAAUAUGGAAAACAAUGACUGCUGGAUGAGGAACUUGGAAUUCCUAUCUUUCAAAGAGGCCUUAGGGGGCACAUUAGCUACUAUUUCUGUUCUAGGAUCUCUCUUUCCUCUCAGCAUCCUGACAAUUUUUAUAAAAAAUGCAGAAACUCCUGUUGUAAAAGCUAAUAACCGGAACCUCAGUUACCUCCUCCUUCUUUCUCUGUUUUUCUGCUACCUCUGUGCCUUAAUGUUCAUUGGUUUCCCUAAUUCUAUAACCUGUAUUCUCAGGCAGUUUAUAUUUGGGAUCAGUUUUGUCAUGUGCAUUUCAUGUAUCUUGGGAAAGACAAUGAUGGUGGUGAUCGCCUUCAACCUCACCCAGCCAAGGAGCAGCAGGAGAAUGUGGUUGAAUUCUCGAGUAACUAACACCCUGGUGCUUGUGUGCACAGCUAUACAAGUGAUUAUAUGUGCUGGGUGGCUUGCACACUCUCCUCCCUUUGAAUAUCAUGACAAGAAAUCGAAGAUGGGCACCAUUAUUGUGGAAUGUAACAAGGGAUCACCUGUUGCUUAUUCAUGCACAAUGGGAUAUAUGGGAUUUUUAGCUACUUUGUGCUUUGUAGUUGCUUAUUUUGCCAGAAAAUUGCCAGGUAGUUUCAAUGAGGCCAAACUGAUCACCUUUAGUAUGUUGAUAUUUGAAGCUGUUUGGAUCUCCUUCAUCCCAGCCUACCUCAGCACCACAGGGAAGUACAUGGUGGCAGUGGAGAUAUUUGCCAUGUUAUCUUCAAGCAGUGGAUUAGUGGCAUGUAUAUUUUUACCCAAGGUCUACAUUAUUGUUCUCAGGCCAGAGAUUAACAAUAAGGACAGAAAUAAACUGUAUUUAUCAAAGUAA